UUUCCGCUCCAGGUCACUCAUAUAGUAGAAUAGACUAUAUCUUCAUAUCCAAAGACUUCCUGCAUCAAAGCACUGACCCUGAAAUUGGAAACAUCACCAUCUCAGACCAUUCUCCGAUUUUCUGCACCUUACGCUCCCUACCUGAGUCUGGUUUCUUCUUUCCUUUCUCAAGUCCCACCCUAACAAUAUUAAAUUAAGAACCUCGAUCCUCGAGAGUGUCAUCUCACAUUACAUCCUGCCUUCAAGAACUGAGCCAUGAGCUCCCUGAUCGGAAUUCUCAGCCUCCUCUCGGCUCUUGCAGCGACAAGCUAUGCUCUUUCAUGUACACACUGCUUUUCUAGCGAAGCGACAUGCUCGGGUCCCAGCUUAACCUGUCCUUCAGAUCAUCAGUGCGGAUCUGCAUACAUAGAAACCACUAUUGCUGGAGUGGAGUCUACAUCUUUGGACAGGACAUGCGCACCUUCAUCUCAAUGUGGCUUAAAGGGCAGUGUGCGCCUACAACAAGGACAUAUGAGGAUGAGCACUUCAUGCUGCAACACUGACAACUGCACUCCUGGUCCUCCCACAUUUCCAACAACAAGUUCUACCCCCAAUGGUCUGGUCUGCCGAUCCUGCAUCUCCGAAGACUCUACCUGGUGUUACACCGAUGAUACAGUACAAUGCACUGGGGAUCAGAAUAGGUGUCUUCUUAUGACAACUUAUGUGUCAGGAUCAGCGUCAGCUUCAGCAGCCAUUCGAGGGUGCGCAUCAAAGUCCAUCUGCGACAUCGGCAGCCAGUCCGCAAUCGCUGGAGGAGUGACAACCGAUGUUAAGUUCAUCUGCACCAGCGGUGGCCUUAGUGUCCAUAACAUCGUCCUGGCUCCGGCCAUUGCGUGUCUUCUACUGCUGAAACUGUUCUUCUAACAGAGGUUAAGGAUAUUUGGAUGAAUGAAGCCAAUUGAGACAAUAAUUUUUGUGUUCAGUAUAGAAUAUUUUAAACCUUGGCUAGAAAAUAUCAAUGUGCACAAGUAAUUUAAAAAUUGUCUUCUGCAUCUACUGUGCUUCAUUUUGUUGUAAUUCUACUUUUGUUUUACAAACCGCAUCCAUUGAUAUUUCAAUACUCUUUUUGAAUAAACUAAUAAGUUACAAAC